CAUGGGCAGGCAUUGCCCAAGAGCGGGGAUUUGGCGUCAUGAUAUACCUAUUACGGAAUGGUGAAAGCAUUCCGGUGUCCAUCGUGUGGGUGUGUGUUCUGCAGCAGCAACAGAUGGUAGCGGUGCUGAAGAAUGCCAUGGAUGGAUGGAAUAGCGCUGUAGAGCGACAAGUCUAGCUUUUGUCGCCGGCAUCUUUUUGUCGCCAGGUUUGUCGCCAGCUUGUACAGGGGGUUUGUUCCUGUGCUGGUCAGCCAAUCCAUUCUUUUCCACCACAGCGUGUCGGCGACCAAAUUCAUUGAGAGGCUCUUCGGCCUCAUCGCACGGAGUUGUAUGUACCUACAGUACGUUCCUACGCGCACUCUUGUCGCCCCGUGUACGGAGUGCUUUGUAUUAAUAGCGCAUAAUUCGUGCAAAUAUCUCUCCCCCAAUGUUGUCUGUACCCGUCCACCGUUAUUGUGCAGCGUCUGGCGGUGCCAUGCCCAUCACCCUGCUUUCGUCUUUCGCUACAUGGCUCCAGUGCUGGAUCAGAUCGACGGUGGCUUUCCGCCAUCCAAUAUUGAAUUUCUCUUUGCGGGUGGGCGCGCGCGCCAGCCUAAGGCCAGCAGCGCUGCACAGCCAUCAUUAUCAGCCGUAAGGCGAGACGGGUGGCAGGGGGUCCCUGAACACCUUUUUUUUCCCUUUCUCUUGACAGAACCCCCGCUCUUCUUCUUCUUUCUUACAGGACCGCGGAAGCGUUCUGUAUGUGCACUAUCACACAAUAGACUACUUUUUAUCCAUACAAGUUACGAUAGAGUGCAUGGUAUGCAGCCAUAUCGCGAUGUAGUGCAUACCGUCGAAACUACUGUAUGUACUGUCACUGUCACCGUCACUUGACAUCCGUGCCACGCCCAUACCAAACCGAACGGCGCAAUUCCACCCCUGUAGCGAUGCCUUCGUUUGGGUGGAUUAUUGCCCGAAAAAGUGCUUCUCCAC